CUUGUUGUUUACUCUUUAUUUCUUUGCGCCUUUGAGGGGGAGAAGAAGAUGAAGGCACCUAACAUGGAGACGAUAACGAAAUCUCUGGAGAAUAUUUCUUUUAAUGAUCGGAGAAGAAGAGCCGGAGAUGGGUUUGGAAGAUCGUCGUCGAGGACAGAAGAGAGCAGCAAUGAACAUAUUCCUCCGAUCUCAGAUAGAACACUGGAGCUCAAUUCUCACUUAUCUCUCCCUUCUCACUGGGAACAGUGUCUUGAUCUCAAGACAGGAGAGAUUUACUACAUCAACUGGAAAAAUGGAAUGAGAGUGAAAGAGGAUCCAAGGAAAGUGAUGAUAAAUGCAGAUAGUGACAGUGGAGAAUCAUAUGGAACAUUGUGCUCAGAAGAAGAUAGCUCAUAUUACGACAGUGAGGAGUCUUCAUCAGCGUCAUCUCCAUCAUCAAAUGAGAAUCAAAAAGAGGAUGAGGAUGAAGAUGAUGAAGACAAAGACGAGGAAGAUGAAGGUGAAGAAGAAGAUGUGCUUGUUGUUGCUGGAUGCAAAGCUUGUUUCAUGUACUUCAUGGUUCCUAAGCUUGUAGAGGACUGUCCCAAAUGUGCUGCACAGCUUGUUCACUUUGAUCGACCUCAUUCUGCUUCUUCUUGAAACGUCUCUCUUUGUUUCCACUUUUUUAAAUUUUCUCUUAUGAGAAUUUGUUUAGGUUUCCUCUUUCUUUCUUUAAUCUUAUAUUUGUUAUAACUGAAUGAUUUCUCUUGCAAAUGAGCAUUAACAACGAGUUU